UUUGAGUGUGUUGAACAGCUCCAAUGACCCCCAUAAUUUUUCUUCUGUAUGUCUGUGGCCUUGUCAACAAUGCUAUCUUGUUUUUCUGGGUUUAUUUUUCGUGGUCGACGCCCCACAGGCUGAACAGAAUUCUUUUAGUGCAGUUGUCUCUGAACACGUGGAAUAUCAUGGCACAUGCGGCAGUUGAGUUCUCACGGCAACAUUUUUGGAUUGUUUUAGCGAACAGUUUGUCUUUCUUUUCGAAUUACUUACUAGCCACGCUGGUUUUAUCGACAUCAUUGGGAAGAACUAUGGAACAACGCCUCAAGUCUAAAACGAACGUUGCAAUUUUUGUUUUAGUUUCGUCUAUAUUGUUGGUGUACUAUGGGCGUAAAUUUGAACUCUGUCAAACUGGGAACUGUUUUAGUCCACAUCUCGCCAAAACAGACGACGAACUGGCUAUUUUAAAGAGUGAAAUGACAAUGUUUUACGCUCCUUCAACUGUUAUCUUCUUCGGAUCGUGGUAUCGUGUUUUCCGUUCUUGUAAAAGAGCAGCAAAGAAGGAUGGUGCCAAGAACACCAUGAAAGAAUAUAUAAAACGUUACUCUUUCUUACUCUCGGACACUGCUGUCUCGUUAUUUUUACUUUAUGGUUUAAUAGUCAUUGAUGGAAUUUUGUAUUUCAACGAGGACAGUGAUAUCUCUAUGACCAAUCAUUUAUGUCGAAUGAGCUGUCUACAUGCAGAGCUGUUUGUUUUGUUGUCAAUGUUUCCAGUUUACAUGUAUUCUUUUAUAAGUCCAAAUGAUGUUAAACAACCAAGAGAAGAAAUUUUUUGACGAAGCAGAUAAUAAAGCUGAGAAUAAUAUGGCUGAAAAUCAAAAGAAAAGCGUUUGAAAGCCGAGAUUGGUUUGAUUUCACGCUAGACAUCAUUUUAAAAUGACGGCAAAAAUUAACACACAGGAAAUUCAUACAACAUCUCGGUAAGUGUUCUUCAUUUAGUUAUAUUAAAACUUUCAAGUAGCCCAGUAUUGUGUUUCUGCCAAGAAAAUUCUUUGAAUUUCAAAAAAAAGCAGAAAUGGGUAAAUGUACAAUAUGCAUGUUUGCUAGAGGACCGUGGUGAUUGGGUUAAAACCCGACAGAUUUCUCUAUUUUGAUGCUUUAACAGUCUGCAAUAUAGAAACCUACCACAAGUUCAUUUAGUCAUCUUGUGUGAAUACUAAAAGACGAUGAAAUCAUGUUCCUCUAUUAACAUAAAAUAGAGCGCUGUAUUUUUAUCCAUUAUUUUCACCAGCUUGCCUUAAAAAUCACUCUUCUCGACUAAGGCCCAACUCAAACCAAAUCUUAAACAUGUUUAAAGGUGCUUUAAUAUGGCUAAGCUUUGUUUUCUUUAUUAAAAAGCUGUUAAAACCGAUUUUUUUGACCGCCGCUGAAAUUUUUGGACAUUGUUUAUAACAAGUUAGUGGCCACUUGAAACCGAUGAAAAAUUAAGUUUUUCAUCUCUCUGUUACUGAUUUCCAUUCAGUUAAAUCCGGUUUAGCUUAACAUGUUUUUUCUGGUGUGAAUAGGGUAUCUGGCUUUGAGAAUCACAGUGACGUCUGUAACCGAGAACAAUAGUACUUCAGACUGUAUUUUCUCCAUUAAGUGAUGAAAAAAUACUGACUUGAAAUCUUUACAACUACCUAUUUUGCUGCUGUACUUUCUUACUUGCUUUUAUUUAUCUACCUUCCGUUGUUUCUUCAACUUCGGUCUCCAUUAUCAAGCUGUUCGCCAUUAAUAACAAGUGUAUCA